AUGGCGGCGCUGCAGCAGCCUCAGCCUCUGGCGGACGUGGCGCCCUCUCCAGUCGAGUGUCUCGAAUGGCUUUUGGACCCGAUUGAUCUCAAGACAUUCUUUUCCGAGUACUGGGAGACCAAGCCCCUCUUGAUUCGCCGCAAAAACCGCCAACGCUUCAAGGGCCUGUUCAGCUCCCAGCAGCUUGAUGAUGUGAUUCGCAGCAACUACAUCAAGUAUGGCGUCAACAUUGACAUGGCUCGGUAUUCCGAUGGUGUGCGAACGACCGAGAAUCCCGAGGGCCGUGUACAUGCCAACACCAUGUGGGCCUUGUACGAGGACGGCUGUUCCAUUCGCAUGCUCAACCCUCAAACAUACGCCAAACCUGUGUGGCAGCUAAUUAGCACCUUGCAGGAGUACUUUCAGUGCAUGGUGGGCUGCAACACCUACCUCACGCCGCCAGGCGCCCAAGGGUUUGCUCCGCAUUACGACGACAUUGAGGCAUUGAUCUUGCAGCUGGAGGGUUCCAAACGUUGGCGGCUUUACAACAACCCCACGGGGGAACGCCUCCCACGCACCUCCUCUCGCAACUUUGACCAGAGCGAGCUGAGCGAGCCCAUUUUGGAUGUCGUGCUGCAGCCGGGCGACUUUUUGUACUUCCCCCGUGGCAUGGCGCAUCAGGCGGUGAGUACACCAGAUGAACACAGCCUGCACAUUACACUCUCGACGUAUCAACUCUUUGACUGGGCCGAGUACUUUAAGAAGUUGGUGCCAGCGGCAUUGGACUAUGCCAUCGCAGAGGAUGCCGAGUUUCGGGAGGGUCUUCCCCUCCAGGCCCUCAAUCACGUGGGUUUGCUCCAUAGCGAGACGGAGGGAGAUAACCAGCGCAAGCGCUUCAUGGACAAAGCCAAACACCUGUUUCAAAAACUGAUUGACGUGGCGCCUUAUGAUUCGGCGGCCGACGCGGUGGCGGUGGACUUUUUGCACGCCAGCAUGCCCUCCUACUUGACCAGUGAAGAGCUAGCUUUGACAUCGCGGCAGAAGCAGCUGGCAGCUCGUUCGAAUCCCGUCGAGCUUAGCUCGCCGGCUUUGGCGCCCAGUGACUGGAUCCGGUUGAUCCGACCCUCCAUGUGCCGUUUGGUGGCAGAUUCGCCUGAAAUUGUACUCUUGUACCACAACCAGGAUAAUGCCAUGGUGUGGCAUGAGGAGGAGCCCCAAAGCCUCGAGUUCCCGGUGGACUUUGCGCCGGCUUUGGAGCAGCUGCUACUGGCUCAAGACUUUGUCCGUGUGGACCGCUUGCCCGAGCUGGACGAAGCGUGA